ACAGCUGAUUUUGUUUUAUUUUUGGUUUAGUUGUCAUAAAAACAAUAAAUUUACCAUUGUUGUUAUGGCAGCUUAUAAAAGUUUUGCCUUCAAUAAAAUACUUUUCAUAAAUAUAUUUAUAUGUGUUAUAUCUUUUCCUGAAACGGCUGAAUCUGUAAAAGGAGACGCAUUUUCUUUUAAAGAAGUCGAAAUGGCAGCAAAAAGGAUCUACGGUGUAGAUUUUGAAGUCUUUGGAAGAGUACAAGGGGUCUUUUUCAGGAAGCACACAGAAAAGCAGGCUAAAGUGUUUGGACUUCGUGGAUGGUGCAUGAAUACUUCCCACGGCACCGUGCGCGGCAAACUGGAGGGAGACCAAGAUAAAAUCAACGAAAUGAAAUAUUGGUUGGAAAACAAAGGUAGUCCCACAUCUCGCAUUGACAAGGCGGUUUUCUCUGAGAUUAAAGAGAUUCCUGACUACUCCUACAAAGGGUUCACCAUUAAACGUUAAAAGAAUGGCAGAUACCGCUGCAUGAAUUUCAGUAAACAAAAAUUAUUGGCAAGUUUUAAAAUCAUUAAAUUACUGCAUUCAAAAACAAAUACAUUUGACAAUCAACAUUUUUGGAUGCAACCCUGAAAGUUGGUAAAGCAGUGUAAAUUGAGUAGGAGCAUGACUCUGGCACAUUUCGGGGUGUAAUCAUUGCACGCAGUGAAUUUAAAUUAGAAAAUUGUGAAAAAUUUAAUUAGUAAAUGCAAAAUUCAGAAAAGGACAUAAUCUGAAGCAUUUACGAAGGAAGUGCAUAGAAAUAGGCAAGUACAUAUUUUACUGAAGGCAUAAAGCAGUGCAAAGUGCGUGUUAUUUCACCGACGAUGCAAGUGAUGCCAUACCUCGAGUUGAAAAUGUCGUGAAUUUGUUGCAAUGCUUCGCUACUAGAUUUCCAAUCAUAGAGUUUGAAUUAAAAAAUAAAUAUAUUUAAAUAUUGGUUUUUGAGAAAUUAAUGGAAUUAUAACCAGGUGCUGUUUUAUUGUUAAAUUUAGUACUGCCUUUUAAAAACGCCUUAUUUGUGGCAUCUCCAAACUUCCCAAUACGACUCAAUGCAGUAGAACGGGAAAGUGAAUGCAGUCUUGUUUUAAGUGGGAACAGGAAGGCAGAUAUUUAUUCGUUACUUCGGCAACGAGUACGCGCAUUGUGUGCGAUAGCAAAGAAGUAAAUGGGAAAAACGAGUACAGCUACCAUUAAUACAGUGUGACUGAGAUACACGUCGGUUUAGUAGUGGCUGUGUUCGUUCGAAUUCGGAUGUGCAGAGCAAAGAAAAAAGUGUAUUUCACAGUGAAUAAAAAUUUUUUGAAAAAAAAAUCGCAGAAUAAGAAAAUUCACUAUCGUGGCCGCCAUUGUUUUGUUGCGCACAGUAUGAAAACGGUUGUAGUGUUUGGUAUUCGCGGAGUGCGGUGUGAGAAAAGUGAAAAUUUUUAAGAAAUUUAAAAUUCGCAUUAUUCAAAGCAAGCGGAAAAAGAUUUUGCUGGGAAAAAAGUUUUUUCACUAUUCCGGAGUGCUUUUUAUGCAUGUAGUGGCUCGUGCUGCUAAUGUAAAUCCACAGUGGCCGCCACACUCGUUCAGCUCGCCUCUAAUUAAAUCUAGAAGGGAACAAGACAAAAAAAAAUAAAUAAAGGCGGCCAUAGCUAAAAAUUGAAUUUGAAAUUGCUGUGUGGAAGAAGAAGAGAAUAAAUUUUAGGCCGGUUAAGGAUACACUGAUCAGACCGAAAGCUGUCAUUGGCAAGGGAUAUCAAAAGCGCUUAUUAAAUCCUCCUGCCAGUAAAGUUAUAACAUCAUA